AUGGAUAAAUAUAGCUAUGAUACCGGUAGAAUUUCCGCAACUGGACGUCCCCGCAUUCGAUCACCUCGUUUAAGUCCAUCUAGAUCAUCACGGCUUUCCUCGUCUUAUCAUUCUCCGAGAGGAGCUUCAUCUAGUAUUCUGGAUACGAGCGAAAUUGAUGAUAUAAUCGACAAACCUUAUAAGAAAUACAAGUCUCCUCUGCAUCGUUCGUCAUUAAACGAGUCUUUGGAUGAGCUUGAGGCUUACAGAAAGGAACUGGAAUUGAAGGACAGAACUAUUGUAAGGCUAAGAGAAGAAAAUGACGACCUGAAAAAGAAGCUUCGUGAGAUACAUAAACACGAAAAACGUCAAUAUCUGGAAGGUAUGAAGGUAGGAGAUGAAUUGGAUCGAAUUGCCUCUGAAAGAGGUUAUAUGGAAGACAAAGUAUCAGCGAUGCAAAGGAGUUGCAAAGCAGUUCAAGAAGAUUUAGCUAAUGAAAGAGUGAAACUGAGUAAAGUUACGAAUGAGAAUGACGAAUUGAAGAAUAAAUUGCUUCUAGCUGAGGGAAGGAUCGGAGAAUUAAAGGAUCGGAUUGCGCUAACUAAUGACGAAUCUGGCCGCCAUGAAGCCCUUAAUCGAUCACUUCGAUCAAAAUUAAGAGAAUUCGAAGAUAAAUCAAAAAGCACCGAGGACUGGAAGACAAAAUACGAGCUCUCUCACGAUCAAAGCCAGGAACAAUUACAUGUUCAGAGGGAGCAAAUUAAAGAUCUUGAAGAUCGGUUACAUGCUCAAACAUCUAACUGUGCAAAGUAUCAACGUAAAAUAGAUAAACUAGAAGUUUCGUUGCAAGAAAUUGGUAAGAGAGCAAGUAGAUACCUUGGAAUCGAUUCUUCUUCUCUGUUAGCUUGCUCUGCUGAAGAUAUCGCUGUCCGUAUUGAAGAAGUUUUACAAGAAAGAGAUCUCUAUCAUGAGAAAGCAGAUGUCUUAUCGCGAAGUAUAGAGAGCAUGGAUCUCGAAUCAAAGGCUAGCAGGGAAACGAUCAUGCGCCUUGUUUCCGAAGUUGGUCGCGAACAAAAGACUUCCAGUAAAAUAAAUCAUCGUUUAGAAGAAUUUGAAAGUCGUUAUAGUUCGCUAUCUUUAAUCAAGGAUGGAUUAGAGCUAGAAAGUAAACAACUGAAAGACCGUCUAGAAGCAGCAUCUACAGCUCUUCGUGCCGCAGAAAGGGAGCUGGAAAAGAAAGAUGCCAGAAUUGCAUCAUUAGAUGCAGCACUGCGAGCAAAUGAUCUCUCUAGAGGCCAAGUUUUGGGCUUACGAAAAGAAAUUUAUAGAUUGCUAGGUGAUGACGUAAUAGAUGAUGAAGAUGAAGAUAUUGUUCGCGAAAAAUUACGUGCUAUCUUAAAGAAAUACCGCGAAUUGUCAGAGUACUCAGAAGAAUUGGAAGAGAAAGUCAAAACUUUGAGCGAUCAGCUCGAAAAACAAUGUGAAUUACAACACUCUGCCUUACAACGAGCGGCAGAAGCUGAAGAUCAAUUGAAAGAUUACGGUGAUCGAAUGGGCAACCUAGAAAGUGAAUUACUGGCAACAGAUACUGUUAAAUCUACACUAAAAGACGAGAAAGUUAAGUAUAGGAAUUUCUGUAGGAAAUUAGCGUCUGUAAUCAACUUGAGUGAAUUUACCGAAGAAGUCGCUUUCGAUGAUGAAGAUGCUCUCCUAUCUCGUGUUGAACAAUUGGUUAACAAAGAGCUGCUAUCACUUGGCGAUAGAAAAGUGACCUUACAGAAUCAACUGCGAAAAAUUAAAACUUUAAAGCAGCAGCUAGAAAGUAAAGAGCUUCAGAUUGACAUAAUGAAGAAAAAACUUUCAACUGUCAGGGAAAAAGCAUCUGGCCAGCAACAUAUAGAAGCUGAAAAGGAGCACACCAUGGAAAGACUUCGUGAUUCACAUGGCGAAAAUAGAAGGCUAAAAAGACAGAUACAAGAUCAGAAACAAAUUAUUUUGGAGUUAAAAUCUAGGCUUCUUUCAUCAUCAGAUUUGAAGUCUAAAGUUGUGGAGCAAAGUAAGACAAUAUUGGAUUUGGAGACAACCAUUGACAGAUUAAGUAAAGCUAAAGCUAGAGCAACUAAGAAAUUUUCGUCGUUGAAAAAUGAAAUAGAUUUGCAAGGUACAUUUCAUAAAGAUGACAAAGAAUUAACUGAAGGUAUUGCAGCACAACUUCAAAAGGAUUUACGUAAAAUCAAGCAAGAAAUGGAAAUUAUGAGAGCUCGAGAAAAUCAGUUACUAGAAUUUCGCCAGACGUUAGCUCGGCUACUCGGCUUAGAAGUUUCUACGUUACCAAUACCGGAUUAUGAAAUUAUAGCACGAAUUGAACAAUUAUUAAAACAAACUAAUACUUAUAAUGCUCGCAAUCUUAGCUGGAAUACUGCAUUAAGUAAUGCCUAUCGUGCUGGUCAACGUGCACAGACUCCCUAUUAA